GGAAAGAGAGAAAAGAGAGUGACACGGAGGAGAAAAGGAGGAGGGUCUGGAAAUCUGUCUCACACCCACACACACACACAUACACACACACAUACACACACACACACACACACACACACACUUCCACAAGUUGAAACCCAGGAGAGUACAGGUGGGAGUGGAUUAGAAGGAAUCAUCUCGAUAUCCUGCCGAUGUUAAAUCGUCAGCCUCAUUCUGGAGAAGCUAUCUGCAUCAGUCUUCUUUGUUUCAUUGGACCUAAGAGCAAAUAAACGCAACGGUUUAUUAAACCUGACUGACUGAGAGAACACACAGGGUUUUAACAAAACCACCCAAGAAGUUUUCUGUCAGCAAUUUGACAGUAUAAAGGGCCUGUUAUGGAGGUACAGCAAGUUGCUGUUUAUCAUCAUGUAUAACAUGUUUAACUUUAUGUAUAAAUAAUAAUAAAUCCUUGUUGAAAUGUGAAUUAUUCGAACAGCGACGCCGGGAAAAUCGUCUGACCUUUUACGAUGAAUAGUGCUUUCAUGCUCUAAUGCAAUUACAGCAAGCUACAGUACGUCACCUUUCUUCCGAGACUUUGUCGUGUGUCUUUUGAGAACUGUGAUCUGCCCUGUGGAGAUUGUGAUAUACGAGCAGAGGAGUGUUUGGGGAAUGAGAGAAGGAAGAGAGAAAAAGAAAUGUCUAGAUCGCUGAGGAAAAACAAACCCCGAAAAGAAACGUGGAUGAUCUUUCAGCUUUUACCGGAUCUGCAGAGGAGCACAUCGCAAAUUGUGAAAUAUCUUUGGCUGUUUUCCAUUGGAACAGGUCCAGCGUGUGUCUAAAGGAAUCUACCAGGAUUUUGUUUUCGGAUUUAAGUAAUAUUUUGUGGCAUCGAAAGUAAAAGUGCAUCAUCGUCUUGUAACUGUGUAACUGACUAUUCCCAAAAAAGGACUGCCAGGCUGAAACGUAACUCUGAUUGUGCUGGGUUGUUUUUGCUUUGAAAACAGAGCAGUACUUAGAACCCUCCCUUUUGGCCAUCCUGACCACCCAUAAGGGACAAAACAUUAGUCAAGCACAGGCACGCAGAAAAAAAGUGGACCCUCUAGACCAACAACGUUUGUUGUUUUAAUCCCUUGAAGCAGCCACUCUUGAGCUGGAAAAAUGGAAAAAGGACAUGACCCUGUCAGGAGAGGGAUCAGAUGGACUGGACACGGUACCACGACCCACGGCACCGUAAUCUCAUGUGAGGAAAAUACAGACAUGACAGGAACUGAUUCAUGGGAAACGGAGAAGCACAACUGGGUCAAAGCAAAGCCUCUGAUGACCUCUAGCACUGGUCACCCAUCACGGAAGACAAAUCUUGAGCGGAGUGCCAGUUUGCCGGAGAAGGAGCUGAAAGAAGCAAGAACACGAAGUCAGAUUAUCGCUGCACAGCUGACCGUGCCAUCAAACCCCAACUCCCGAGGUGUCCAGCUCUUCAACCGCCGCAGAGAAAGAGUGAACGCCUUCACGAUCGUGAGUGUUGCUGGUGGAGGAGAAGAAAGCAAUCAAGAGUCCCAUAAUGAACCUGACUCACCUUCUCCGAGUGCAUUAACAUGUAACAGGGAGCGCUGGACUGACAGCCAGGUCAAAGACUUGAAACACAGAAGAAGUGAAAGGCAACUCCAGUGGCCAACACUGGUUACGCACAGCAAGGGACAUAAAAUGGAGGAUGUUGGGGAAGUGGCACAUGAAGUGGGACAUGAGAGGCAUUUUCUUCCUGUAAAUGAAAAGGAUGAAGAGGUUCCUGAGCAUGGAGAAGCAGGAAAGGAUAUCAUCUCUGGUGAUGACGAUACUCCUGCUGUUCCUAAUCCUAGCCAAGAAGGAGAGCAGGAUGUGCAGAUAAAUGGGACAUAUGAAAACCAAGCGGAGGCUCCUAAAGCCGUCCCAAAUGGAAGUCACAGCACUGAGACCAACAGUAAAGCAGACGACUCAGUACUGAAGCAGUCGUCCAUUACAAACAGGACAGCCCGGCCCUUUUUAUCCCCUGUUGCGAUGAACCCGAACGAAUCCAGCACUCUCUCUCCAGACAUCCCUCUUGCCCCAUCCUGCUCUGCUCCUCCUCUUCCAACUCAGUAUGAACCACCUGUAUAUUCUGGCCAAGAACCUCAAACAUUUGUUAAACCAACUUUUGCGGUAUCCUCCAGACAAGUGUUCUCCCCUCCACCUCCUGCUCCUUCAUACCCAACCCCUCCUCUUCCUGGAUACAUGAUCCUACCUCCAUCUAUCCCAUCUGAUCCUCCUCCACAAUCGGCCAUGUCUCCCCCUCCAUCACCUGCCUACUACACUUCGUUGGCCACUCCAAUCUCCACCUAUAUGCCUCAGCUACUGUCUGAUAGCAGGCCAACGACGCCCAACCGCACAGGCAUUCUAGAUGAAGGUCGGGGCAGACGAUCUAACCGCAAGUCAAUGUUUACAUUUCAGGAGAAACCAAAGUCAGCUCCGACUCCCGAGCUCUUGUCUCUGGUUCAAGGAACAGAUGAGAAGAAAAGAGGCAGAGGACAGGCAGAAACACAUCAGGAAGAGGAGCAGCUGGCUCUAGGGGCAGAGGCAUCCAAUUUCCUGGUCAAGAAUGAGAGUGGUGUGGAAGAGAAUUUUGUGCCAGUGUGGUCCUCGACACUGAAAAGCUCCAGAACACGAGACAGGGUAGAGCACAAGCCUGAGCAAGCCCUGACCAAAGCAUCCGGCAAAGGUGCAGAGCUGUUUGCCAAACGCCAGACCAGAAUGGAGAAAUAUAUUCAUGAAAAUGCAGAGGGACUAAGAUCACCUUCUCCCACCACGUCUCUGCCUCCCUCAUGGGUGUAUCCGUCAAACAUGCCCGGUCGUGUCAAGGCCAUGAUUAAUGCCUCUAACGUCUCCACAGAGUUUUCCAAGACUCUCCAAACCCAGCUUGCCACACAGAAAAAGAAUGUGCCAGCAAAGCCACCUCUACCAGCCCCAGUCCCGGAGAGCCCGACAUUAGAAAAUGGUUGCAGCAGAGUGGAAAUGGAGCUGUCCCGGCACCAGCCUUACCAGCUCAAUUCAUCCCUGUUCAUCCUCAACCCAAAUAAGGGCCCUUUAAGCAAUCUUCCCAAAGCAGCACCCCCACCUAAACCUGUAGUGAUGAGAUCCUCAUAUUCCAGACAGACAUCGCUUCCAUCUACUCCAGUCCCAACCCAGUAUGACUCACAUGCCUACAGGUUGGCUAACUGCUUCUCCCCUCCCAUGAUGCCUGUGGAAUCGGUGAGCAGGAGCAGGAGAGUGACCACCUCUGUGUCAGGUGUCGCUCCUGAGCGUGUGACUUCUCCUCAGUCGGUCAUCCAGGCACCCAAGCCCACCUUCUCAACCAAGAAAGCUGGGAUUACCCCACAGGGCAAAGAAGGUUCUCCAGCUGCACCACAGUUGAACAGCCCCAACAGCCCAACACCUUGGACACCUAACGUUUCCCGGCGUCUCUCUAGCACAGACAGGUCUCCAGGUGCAGUGUGGACACCCAGCAGCCAGCACAACUCUCUGGUAACCUCCCCACCGCCAAGAAUCAUCCAUAACCCAAUCAACUCUGUUUCUUCUUCACCACCACCACCAAGGUCAAUCCAUAAUUCCACAACAUGCUCCCAAAACUCAGGGUCCAUUCAUAAUCCAGUCACUUCCUCUCUAACACCACGUUCUAUCCAGAACCUCAUUAGCCCUCCCCCAACCCCAAGACCCUUCCAUAGCCCAAUUGCUUCAUCCCCAGAUCCACAGUCUCUCAGCUCCUCCCCAAUACCUAAACCCUUCAAAAGUUCUGUCUCCAUUAUUUCAUUGUCCAGGCCAACGAAUAACCGCACACCUACUACGCCUGUAUCUCCACCUUGGGAAACCAGGUCCCAAUCCUCCAGCCCUCUUCAAGAGACCAAGGCUAAUCACCGCAUCCUAGCCAAAAACAUCAUCAACGCAGCCAAGCGGAAAAACAGCCUAUCGCCCGGGGCUCUAAGUGGCCACGGUCUCCUUAUGUCUCCAGUAAGCAAUACCAUUUUGCCAUUUGAGACCAAACCUCAGAGUCCCUUUCAGUCUCGCUCACUAGGUGCCCAGUCACCCACAUUCACUAGCCCCCCUGCCACACCCACACAAAUGGUCCGGUCCCCUCUGCGCCUCUACACUACUCGGUCGCUCACUGAUUCAGAUGCCUCACUGGAAUCAGAGGACUCCGGAAUGCGUUCUCCUGGGGUCCGCAGCUACAACACCUGCCCACGUGGUUGGUCUGGAAGCUUGAGGCUCAAACGAGGUGGGAUGUCAGAAGACCUGUAGGUUGGAGACAUAAUGUAGAAUGGAAUUUGGACUUAAGCUUGGACCAGAACAGUGGCUAUCUGUUAUCCUUCUGACACUUACUUACCUAUAGCAUUUCAUUUACUACUUGAUUCAGAUAUAACAUCUGCCUAUGCUUUUUACCAUUUAUAAUGUUGGAGAAUGUUUUCAUGGAAACCAGAAGGACAAGAAGAGUACAAGGCCUAAAGGAUUACGGAUUACGUGCCUAGAUUGACGGAUUUCAUUUGAUACAUAAAAAUAUUACUGAUAUAACUGAAAAAUGUUUUUGAUUUGGGUUGGAACUGAGCACCUCAGGCCAGUCAGGUGGGUUGGUGACCACUGGACAAUAAAGAAUGGAUAAGAGAAUGAACAGCAAUCCAGGGACCACAUCAACUGGACAGAAUAAUUGACUACAACCUAGGGACCAUACAAAAUGGACCGCAAUCUAUGAAUAGUAGCGAAUGGAUUGGAUCAAAGACUAUAAUCUUGGGAUCUAAGAAAAUAGACUACAAUUUAGGUAUCAUAGAGAAUAGAUGGAGAAUACACUACAAGCAAAGGAUCAUAGAAAAUGGACAGGAGAAUCGACCACAUACAGAGAUAAUAGAAACCGGACAGAAUAACGGACUAAUUUUAGGGAUCGUGGAAAAUGGACAGUAGAACUAAUAACCACCGAAGGUUCACAAAGAAUGGACUGUAGAAAUGUUUAUGAUUGUGCAAUCCUAAAGAAUGUACCAUAAUCUUGAAUUACAUUCCAGGAAUACUAAAGGACAAUGGUAGAUUAUGUAAUGGAUUAAAAACAUGGAUUACAAUCAAGUAAUCUUGGAGAAUAGUUGAAAGAAUUGGCUACAAAAUGGAGCAAGAAUGUUUCCAGUUUCAUUCCUCCCAUUCCAAAGUGGCCUUUAUAUUCUGAAUGUACAGUAAUGCUGGGGACGUUUGGGAUUUGACCAACAAUUGUGUCGUAUGAUGUUAAUUUGCUUGGAUUUAUACAUCGAUAAUGAACUUUUAUUCUAUUUUAAUCAGUGGUAUUCAUUCUCGGUCUGGUUUCACUUUCUGCACACAGUUGUUGUUUUUUUGUUUUGUUUUUCCUAUUCUGUGCUCUUUCACACCUGAUUCCACUCACAAUGGACAUGACAAUGGGAAUGAGUGGAACCAGGUGGGUCGAACGAGGUUAAAAACACUAGCAUGUGCAAUAAAAAAUGAAGCCCAGACCUGGCACUGAAUACCUCUGCUUUUAUUGCUUUGCACCUGACUGUUCUUUUUUUUUCUGGACAAACACAUGCACAUUACAUCUACUUAGAUUUAUUUAACCAAAGACUUUUAACGGCUUCUGAUGACCAAAGAAAUGUCGCGUAUCUUAGAAGCAGCGUUAUUGUUUUAUCAGUUUGUUCAUUUCGUCGUUGUCUCGUUGUCUCAUUUUGUGUUCGGUGUUGAUUUGAGAUCGUCAGACUCAAAGGUAUGUAGUUUACUGGGAGUGUUUGUGGUUCGACACAAACGUAGAAGGAACGGAUCGGCACGAAACGGCUGAAAGUCAUUUCUGAAAGGUUAAAACUUCUGAGGGUUUUGUUAAUGAGAGCCGAUUAGGUUUGAUGGCGAUGUUUAUGUCUAUGAAUUAGAUUAAGUGCUAUAAAAGCAGUAUCCUGAUUGGUAGCUGACUUUUAAACAUAAUUACUGAACUGCACUUUUAGCAAACAGUAAUCAGAAUUAAAUUCAAAACAACUGGCGGAUGAAUACGUGGCGAUUUGGAAUCAAAUCUAAUUCAACUUACUUGGUUCUUAAACAGAAGGUUUAUAGACUUGUAAUGGAAAUAAGAAAGGCAAAAUGUAUGCAACUUAACGAAAGCAGAGACAGUAGGAAGCAUGUUAGAAUUUGAAAGAUGUGAGAUUACAGUAAAUGCUUUGACAAAGGUGAAAAAAUUUAAUGGACAGCAGCAUCUACAUGUUUGUAUUAGCUUUGUUUCAAUUAUAAAAUGUUUUUUUUCAGGUUUCAGAGGCAAAGGGAAGUAUUGGAAGAAAAAGAAAUGACCUCCUUAGCUUGUGUUUAGGGGUGGAGAAAUUAAGAAUUCAUUCGCUUACCCAUCAGACAUGAAGAAGCUUCAGUGUGCUGCCCAUUAGGCUAAAAGCUAGCUAUCAUAGAAUGGGGGCAUAGAAGCCUUUAUUAUCGGCACAUACACACGUGGACAAAAUUGUUGGUACCCUUCGAUCAAUGAAAGAACAACUCACAAUGGUCACAGAAAAAACUUUAAUCUGACAAAAGUCAUAAAUAAAUAUAUAAAAAUUCUAUGAAUGUUAACCAGUGAUAGUCAGACAUUGCUUUUCAACCACGCUUCAAUUGAAUUAUUUAAAAAAAUAAACUCAUGGAACAGGCCUAGACAAAAAUAAGGGUACCCCUAGAAAAGACUGAAAAGAAUGUGACCAAAGGGACAUGUUCAUUCAAGGUUUGUCCACUAAUUAGCAUCACAGGUGUCUAUAAUCUUGUAAUCAGUCAGUGGGCCUAUACAGUACAGUAUAUAGGGCUCCAGGUAGUCACUGUGUUUUCUGGUGACAUGGUGUGUACCACACUCAACAUGGACCAUACGUAGUAUCGUAUAGUUACAGUAGCUAGUGAAGUAAACUAAGACCGACUAAAGGAAGUGAACAGUUACAGUAUGUGAAAAUGUCGCUGAUUUUUGGGUUGAAUAUAUGAGCCGUGUUGCAAAGUCUGGCUGCGUGUUUAUUUUCUAUCUGUAUGAUUAACCGAGUUAUAUCGAGAAUCAUGUCCUAUAGCCUACUUAGCGCUAAGUAUUGCUUUGUAUAUAAAUCAGAAAUAGGGUUUAUUUUCUGUACCUGGGUCAAGUUUCCCGAAAAGCAUCGCAGCAAAAAAUACGGUUUAAUGAUCGAUCGAGCAUCACAUUAAACAUUCUAUCUUCUGACUAUGUGAUGCUUUUGGGAAACUGACCAGAAAUUUGCCUGUCCCAGGAAACCUGUGAUAAUAAUUUGUCUAAACCUGGUAUAAUUUCAUCCUAAGGAAUACUUGACCCAAAAAAAAAAAAAACAUGGCUAGUGAAUGUAGGUACAAAAUAUCACACUGCACCACAUCGUUUUUGUAAACGCUAACUGACUUUUGUUCAUCAAUAAGAAUGUUACUAUUUGAAGUACCUGUUAGGGCCAUUAGACAUUGUGAUGUUAUGAAGAAAUCACCAGUUUUAAGUUUUAAAACAUAUAUUCUUUUUUUUAAUAAGCAAGAUCAAUUUUUGCACUUUUUUCCUCUAAUCUGAAACAUGCACAGACCACAUCUACAGUACACAGUGUACUACACACAGAAGGAAUUGACGCCAUUACAGAGGCUAACUUUCCUCACAGCAAACUGCUAGAGGUGUGAAACAUUCGAACAGCAUCGAAUCCCAUCAGUGCGUCUCACCUCAACACACGCAGAAGUGAUUCUUCUCCGGAGCCGUGACACUCUAUACAGUAUAUCAGCACAUCAGCAGACCGCUGAGUCGUCACUUGCACAUACACUUUGCCCUGAGUGACAGGAACACCAGCUGCUGGGUGACUUGGCACCUCAGACCAGGAUACGGUCUCAGUUUUUCAUCCCCUGUAAAACCAACCCUCAGCCUUCACAUGCACUUCUUCUAGCAGUUAGUGUUUUAUUACAUUUUUUUCUAUUAUGGAUAUGGAUAUGCAACCAGCAUCUAUUUUUGCUCUUAUAAAUACUGUGUAAUUUAUAAAUAAAUAAAAUUAUUAAAAGGUCA